CGCCAGAGGUUGGCGUUCGCUUUCUGCCACUUCUGUCAUCGGGGCGCGCCAGCGGCGGCGGAACCCGCCCUCUCCGGGCCGCGGAUUGGCUGCUCCCGCUCUUCCCCUCCCCUUCCCUCCUGCACUUGCAGUCGCUAAAAGACCGCGACCUAGGGGCCGGCGUUCUGAGUGGACGCACCUUGCUUUAGCAGUUUGAGCUCUCUUCUAGUGACAGUUUCCAGAAAUACUUUGGGUUUAUAUUAUUUUUUGAUCGGUGGAAGAUGUUAGCAUUUACUUUCAGUUCCGCACAAGUGUUUGGCGGGCAACUUGAAUGACUUUUUUGUUUGUUUCGGAAAUGCUAGCUAUUUUCCUCCCCAGGUGUUCAUAUCCUUAUUUUCCAUGACAGAUCUUGACGAAAAUAUAUGCAAAAGAUAUAUAAAGAUGAUAACUAAUAUAGUUAUAUUGAGUCUGAUCAUUUGCAUUUCUUUAGCCUUCUGGAUUAUGUCUAUGACUGCGAACACCUAUUAUGGUAACCUGCAGCCUAUUUCUCCUUGGCGUUGGCUGCUUUCUGUUGUCAUUCCUGUUUUCAUCGUAUUUAAUGGCCUUAAAAAGAAAAGUCUAGAUUACAGUGGGGCUUUAGGAGGGCUGGUAGUUGGAUUUAUUCUAACCAUUGCAAAUUUCAGCUUUUUUACCUCUCUGGUGAUGUUUUUCCUUUCUUCUUCAAAACUCACUAAAUGGAAAGGAGAAGCAAAGAAGCGUCUAGAUUCAGAAUAUAAAGAAGGUGGGCAGAGAAAUUGGGUUCAGGUGUUCUGUAACGGAGCUGUACCCACAGAGCUGGCCCUACUGUACAUGAUAGAAAAUGGCCCCGGGGAAAUCCCGAUAGAUUUUUCCAAGCAGUACACUGCUUCUUGGAUGUGUUUGUCUCUCUUGGCUGCACUGGCCUGCUGUGCUGGGGACACGUGGGCUUCAGAAGUUGGCACCGUUCUCAGUAAAAGCUCACCAAGGCUAAUAACAACCUGGGAGAAAGUUCCAGUAGGUACCAAUGGAGGGGUUACGAUGGUGGGCCUCACUUCGAGUCUUCUUGGUGGUACCUUUGUGGGCAUUGCCUUCUUCCUCACACAGUUGGUUUUUGUUAAUGAUUUGGACAUUUCUGCUCCCCAGUGGCCAAUUAUUGUAUUUGGGGGUAUAGCUGGAUUACUAGGGUCAAUUGUGGACUCAUAUUUAGGAGCUACAAUGCAAUAUACAGGUUGGGAUGAAAGCACUGGCAUGGUGGUCAACAGACCAGCGAAAGAGGUGAAGUACAUAGCAGGGAAGCCAAUUCUUGAUAACAACGCGGUGAAUCUGUUUUCUUCUAUCCUUAUCGCUCUUCUGCUCCCAACAGCUGCUUCUGGAUUUUGGCCCAGGGAAUGAACUUUAUAUGAUUUACAAAGGUUGAAACUGUGGUAAAGUCAGCUACAUUUUCAAGUUUCAUCCUAAGAAGAAUAAUUAUAGUGGCAAAGAGAAAAUGACAGCUCCUGCCAUAUUCCGUUGUGGUGGAAGCCUGCAUUUUUCAUCUCACCUACUCUUUUGUAACAGCCAACAUGUUCUAGUGAAAGACAGGACUACAUAGAACUUACCCGUUCCUUUCUUCUGCUGACUGGAGCUUCUUGAGCAAUGAAGCUAUUCAAUACAGUGCCCCUAUGUAUUGGUGUAUAUUGAACUGAUGUCUUGAACUGGAUCCUAUAUGAAAAUAUGAAUUUUGUUUCUGUAUACUAGUAUGAGGACCAAAAGUCAUAAAAUUAAAAAAUGGUUCUCAGCUGUGCUAGCGAAAUGACACUGUCAGUUAUCCAAAUGUUAUGUCCACUUUAAGUGGUUGAAACUGAUGUGUGUGGAAGCCUGAACAGGUGUAGUAUCCUGGACUUCUUCCAUUACUUACCACUUACAAUUGUGUUAGUAAUGAAAAAAAAAGUAAAUGUUUUUCUUGUAUGACCAUUAGGAUGCAUGGAAAAAAUUAUUUUUAAGUAAAAGCAAGAGACAUCUAUCAUAUCUAAAAAUGUGCACCUUAUAUAUUUUAGUUGACCUCUGAGCUGAAAUUAUCUCAAAUUGAUUAUUUGUUAACAUAUUUUCUAGCUGUCUUUCAGAUGUAUAUGGGAAUCUACUUUACAUUGGCAUACUGAAACAAAGAGUCACUGGAAAAUUAUUGUAAUGAUGUUUUGUUUGCCAAUCUAGAAUUUACUGGAAGUUGCUCUGAUUUCCUAUGAUACACCUUUUAAGUUGUGCUGACCUUUACAUUACAGCCUCAAUUAAAGUGAAUUCUACUUUUCA